AUGGACCCAAUUCGACCAGAAUUCGAACUUUUGGACUCAGCAGGGCUUGAGUACCACCAUUGGGUAGCUGAUGUCGAAACCACAUUUGUGGCAGAGGACUUCACCUCCACUAUCAAUCCAUCUGCCGACGCUGCUCCAGUAACUGAGAAAGACAAAGAUAAUGCUCUUAUGUUCCUAAAGCGUUGGGGUUAUCAUCACUUGAAGACACCAAAAGAGUUAUGGGAUGCUCUUGAUAGCCGUUUUGGGAACAUUCAUGAUUCCUUAAUACCACAAUUGAACGUCUUGUGGAACGAAAUCCGUUUUCUCGAUUAUGUAAAAGUGAAUGAUUUCCAAAAAGACAUGUUGCAAAUUCAGGCACAUAUGGACUUUUGUGGAAAGAAACUUACUGAUGAGGAAAUGAUUCAGAAAACCCUAUCGACAUUUCCUACCUCGUCCAUGAUACUAGCGAACCAGUAUCGUUUAGCUGUCGGGAAAAAGAAAGUUCCCGAAGCUAACCAUGGAAAGGUCAAUAAAGGGAAGGGCCCCAAAGGAAAGAGGGAUCGACACUUGGAUUCACAUCCCCAUGAUCCAUACCCACGUGGAUCUAACACCUCUCAUGGAAGAGGACGUAAGGGACAUAAUCGAGGUCGAUGGAGAAAUGGUCAUUCUCAUGUUUGGCAUAGAGAAGGAACUUCUGGCCAUAGUGGUAGUGAUCCAAAGUUCGAUAAAACCCCUACGAAUCCCGCCACUAAAAAGGUUGUAGAUGGAAGUGCGCCUUGUUUUAAGUGUGGAUUUAGCGGACAUUGA